UCACUGGAGGACGGGUACUGACUGCGCGGAGGAAGCCGAUGUUGCCUAGGAGAUUGUGUCGUCUGUCGUUGCACAGAUCCCGGAAGCUUUCAAGAACCUGUUCCCAUGUGUGUCGAGAUAUGACAGCGAGGAAGACGGUGAAGAGGGUGGGUCCGCGGAGGAAGGGGAAGAGAAGACGACGACCACGGGUCGGCGGAGGAAGGGGAAGACAACGACGGUGGGCAAGUGGAGAACAGCGGCGGCCGCCAAGUGGCGGACAGCGAUGGCAUGGUCCGCGUGCGAUUCACAAUCAGCGCAGCCCCUUUCCCGCCGUUUGGUUUGGGCGAUGCCGCCGCGGACUAUACGUGCCGAUAGGCACCAGUUUGAACCUUCGGACUCACAUGGCGGAACUGUUGUGCGCGGCUUGGGAUGGUUCGCCUCAUGGCUUGCCCUCGACCGUGUGGUUAUUGACCAGCACAACUCCUGUACAGGUGGCGAGAUGUCAUUUUUCAAGGACAUGGCGCCCAGCGGGUGGGGUUUACGGCCUGCCUGGAAACUAGCGCCCCGGGCUCUGAAGGCGGACACUAGAGAUGCGGGUUUCUUUGCUCUUGUUUGCGGGAAGCCAUAUCUCGAUGAUCGGACUUGUGUGUAUCGUACGGCACUUGCAAUCGUUUAUGGGUGCCGCACGGUACACACAGUUCUGGCACAAUUUCUGUCCCGAGACCUAAGCUGCGCACGAUACGCGACGCCAGACAUAAGACCCGCGAAUUCUGCCGGGUCCCGCAACUGGAGAGGUACUCGACGUAUUCUACCUCGCCCAACAGGUAUGGCGAUACUGCUUCCUCAAGUUGAAGACUCCGUCAGCCGCAACGACAAGAUGCAUUCGCCGGAGGACAAUUAACAUUUCAUAGCGGAAGCCGCAUUCUUGACGACCAAACCCACUUAUUUCGUGGGACUCUCCUCGCGAUACAUCAUCGAUACCAA